GCACGCAUCCACCGCUUGCGCAAUCCGUCCGUCGCGCAGCAGCAGCUGGAGGUGGCGGCGGCAGCUCUGUGCGCUCUGUGCUUCGCUUGCUUGUUUGUUACGCUUUGUUCGUACGGUGCAGCUUUCGGACGCGGCGUGUUUACGGUUGGUCGUUGCGCCUUCUACUUGUUCUACCGCGUUUCAGUGGUUUCAGCCUUUCAGCCUCGGCUGUUACGGUCUUGCAGUUACGAAGUUCUAGCAUUUGGACGUCCGAAAUGAAGCGACUAACCGUGGCGAUCGUGUUGGUGUUUCUCUGCUGCGUUGUCUAUGGCGUCGAAACCGGAGAACUCUCCAAUGCAACAACGAUAGCGCCGCCAAAGCCUACGAUCUCACCGGAAAGAGCCUGCACACUGAAGACAAAUACCUCUUGUGCAGACUGCUUGGGUGCUGGGACUGGGUGUUACUACUGCUCGGAGACCAGGAGGUGCGGCUACUACCCCUACAAGAAGCUCAUCCCCAGCCAUGACGAGUGUGCCGCUUUCUCCGAAGUCUACUGGGGAAUCUGCUUCAUGUCGCUGCAGGGCACGGUGAUUGCGAUAGGCGUCGUGGCGGGCACCCUCCUCAUCGCCCUGGCGGUGUGCUGCUGCUGCUGCUGUCGCAAGCGCAGCAACGACAAGUGGCUGCGCGACAUGGCCCGGAUGGAGGAAGAACGCCGCCAGCGUCAAGAGCAGUCCGAGGGCCGUCGGGCCGAGCGUCGUUCCAAGACCGACGACAUCCGCCGAAAGUACGGCCUCGUCAAAGAAGAAACGCCUUACACGAGGUUCGACCACUGACCUCGCAGCUGCCGCGAUUUGCCGACUCUUUCAGUUCCUCGUAGUGAAGGCUGGUUCACAGAUUUGCAUUUGAAUGGGUAGAGUGCGUUGUGACCUCUCAUAACCGCUCGAACAUUUCAAAUUUGUGCGCAACUAGGCCAAGGGCUUUGCAGUAUUUGCAAGAUAACAUUGAUGCACCAUUUAUGAAAAGCGGUCGCUUAUAACAUUGUCAGAAUUAUUUCGAGUUUGCGUUAAAAGAAUGGUGCAUCAAAAAUUAUAAAAAUGUGUACACAGGUCGUAAGUUUUUUGGGGGCUACCCAAUAGAGGAUGCCGGUGUGCAAGCGUUUACGAGAGAUCCCAACACACUUGGCACGGUCAGACGCAAAUGAGUGAUCAGGCCUUAAAGAGCCGCGGGUGUGAAACAUUCGAGGGGCCCUGCGUCGGGACGGCAUUCCAUCGAAAACAGCAACAACACGCCAACGGUCGUCGCAAAAAAAAAAAAAGAAAAAUGAAAAAGCGGUUUUUUUUAGGGGUUUAAUGAAGGCAUCUUUUGAGGUUUUGCCUCUGAGCCGGUCCUAUCUUUUUUUCCUCAUACUUUGCACCGGUUUGUGAAUGGAAGUGUAAAGUGUCUGGGAAGUUCUUAUACCCCAACUGCCACUUCAACCGGCUCGUUGUUGGGGUUUGUUUGUGUUUUGCUCGUGCAACAUGGACUCGUGUACGUUACAGCUGUGAUCUUGUCGGCAGGAGCGACUUGGAAGCGUUUUUUUUUCCAUUUGUGCCCACAAUUAUUGGUGCGCGCGUGUUUCCAGGGGCCCGUUUAUGCAUUCCGUGGCAUUGUUGAAUGACCCAACGAUGCAUUGUGACUUGUUUGUGCAGAGGUUGAAGGUGACCGAGCAAUAAGCAAAAGGGAAAAUUUCGAGACUGGUGUGAUGUUUUCAUCCCUUGCUGGUUUUGUGCCUUAUCCUUGCUCCUUUAAUUUUAUUUUAGGGCAGUUUUUUUUUUUGUCCCUUCUGAAAAUACCUAGUUUAGGUUUACAAUGUGACAAAUUCUGUUGGUCUUCUUUUUUAUGCGUCAUGCAUUGUUUGCAUAACCUUUGUUCUUAUGCGUUAUUCCAUCAUGGCAUAUAUUAUUUUUACCUCUCCGAAGAGAUGAGAUGUGCCUUCUGAGAAAAUAUCUGCCUUAUGCAGUAGUAUUAUUGGAAACAUUGGACGGCAGGACAUUAAUUGUUCUAAAUCAGACAUCGUAGUGUGUCCCUUAGGUAUGACUUAAAGUAGGUCACAAAGCAUAUUCGGUAUCAUGGGUACCUCAGGGAUUAGCAUAUAUUGCAAUGUAAUAAAGGGGUACCUUAAGAUUUUGCAAGCUUUGUUGAACUUCAUCUACAUUGUUUCAAUAAGAGAAGCUCAAUUUGACUCUCCUGGGCAUCCAAUGAAAAUAUGGACGUGAAAUGAAGAUGUUGACAAACAAAAACUUUUUGGUGUUGUCAGCACCUUCACUGCAGCAAUGUUUUGCUGAUAAAAUGUGUGCCCAUGGAUAGAAUGUGGUACCAUGAUUUGAGUUUCUUCAUUUGUGAUUACUUUUUCGUUACAUUGCCUUUUUUUUCGCCCCUUGUUGUUUUACAUUAUUUCUAUGUCACCACUUUGGUUGGUUCAGCACCUUUACAGAACAUGCACUUCAAGCAAGCAGCAAAUGGUUGAAGCAUUGUGUAUAAUGCUUAUGUUACUAUACUGCCUUUUUUGGUUCUUUGUACAUUGUCUUGUCACUUUUAGGUUGAUACAAGAAAUAAUGACGCUAAGACUGAUUGGUGGGGGGAGGGACUCUCGGGUAUGCACUUAAGUGACGCAAUGACUGUGUUUUUGGUUAAUAAUGAAACUAAGAUUGGGACUCAAGCAGUGAGCACGGAGAUAUUUCUCAGAAUCGUGUUGUGAGGUAGUCUGAGAUACCCUUAACUAUAACAGCACCGAUUUGAAAGUGGUCAAGAAGUGCAUGAUGAAAAGUGUGUUUCCCUGAAAGUGUUUUUUUUUUCCCAUGCAACAUACAGCCUCAUGCCCAAUGACUUAAUAUUUCUGGCCCUGCUUCUACAUAAAUGGAUAAAAUGUGAUAAGUCUUGUAUCAUCAUAUGCAGUUGUUUGUUGGUGACAUAGACAGACUGGCAUUAUGUCCUUUAAGUCUUUGAAGCACUUUAAGUGUGUGUUAAAAGUUUUGGGUCUCUGGUCAAAAAAUCCCUGCAUUGUUUAAUAAUGUACAACUUCUACUGCUUUCUCAUUUUAGUAUAUAGUUUCUGGAAUACACGGGCAAACCUGUUUAAAACUUUGUGCAACUUUAAUAACAAUAAUGUGAGUGUUGAUCAAGGUGUUAGCUGUGAGGAAAAAGGUAUCUUUUCGGCUUGGGGUUUUUAUUUUGGGUAGAUGAGACAUUUUUGCAGAAAUGGCAGGAAUGUAUUAUGUUCAUACUUAUUUUUUAUGCAGAGAAAAGUCACUAUAUGGAGGAAUUUGCAUGCCCAAUAAAAAAGAUACUUGAAUGGUGAUAUAUAGCAUUUCUGGGCAUCAUAAUAAAUUACUGGGUUGGAUAAAAGCAUAUUCCACCUACCAUUUCUAGAAACCAUCUUGUGUGCCUUAAAUCUAUAUUGAACCAUAGUAUAUAGUUCCGAACUUUGUAUUGUAAGGUUUUCUACGGAUGCAUAAUAAUAAAAAAAAUAAUAAUAAUAAAAAACCGCUGCUU